AUGGACACAGUGCCCGUCUACCACGGGGCCAUCACCCGAGAGGCUGGGGAGAAGCUGCUGCUGGCGGCGGGCACGGACGGCAGCUACCUGCUGCGGGACAGCGAGAGCAUCCCGGGAGUCUACUGCCUCUGCGUGCUGCAUCAGGGUUAUGUUUAUACCUACAGAGUGUCCCAGACAGAAGCUGGAUCCUGGAGUGCUGAGACAGCGCCCGGGGUCCCACGGAGGCUCUUUCGGAAAGUGCACAACCUCAUUUCAGCCUUCCAGAAACCCAACCAAGGCAUUGUAACACCCCUGCAGAACCCAGUUGUCAACCAUGUGAAAGCCAACUACUCCUCAGGGAGGAAUGAAGGCUAUGACUUCCACCUGCAGCCAUCAUGAGGAUGUCUCCCCAAGUGUGACAUAACCACAUCUUCCAGCAUCUCCUCUAAACUAUGCUUUAAAACAGAAUGGUUUAUAUGAUAGUAAAUACAACUCUGUGAGUUUUCUUGUAACAUUUGCAGAAAUGUGUAUUUCAUAGAAUUUAUUGCUUAAGAUGUAGAAGUUUAGAUUUCAGAGUACUUUGAAUUCAGGGUGGGAUAUUUUUUGUUUUUGUUUUUGUUUUUCCCAGGAGAGGAUAAAAAGCAUGAACUGCUAAAUCCUUUAUGUCUUUUUUUCCCUCUUUGUACUGUCAAGUUAAAACAUUUCUCCCUUCAAGAUCAGUUCUUAAUUAAUAAUUAGUUAUUAAUUUUACAUUAUUUAACUUUGAAUCCUGCUUUGCUUUGUUCUGGUUGGCAUUUAUGCAGA